GGAGGUGGUGGCUGUUGCUGGGAAGGAAAACGCAAAAUUAACAUGUUGACAUUGAACACGGCGGCGGGCUGGGUUGCUUAGAUGCUGCUACUACGACUCUCCUUUCGUUGUUUAUUUUUGAGCACACACACACAGGCAAUGGGUUUAGAAGGGCAGAAAUCGAAUGUGUGUGAAAAGGGAGCAACAUUUCGGUCUUAGUUUCGUGUUUCGGCAGGCAGUAAAAAAAAAGAAAAGAAAAACCAAACAAACGGAAAACUGUAAAAUUUUGGUGUUUCGAUUAAAUUUGAGUGUGAGUGUACGUGCGUGCGUGUGUAAUUAGUGUGUCCUCGAUCUGGCCAGGCACGCGAACGUUAUUUACCGAGCGCCGAGGGUAACACACACAAACACAGGGCUGCCAUUCAAAAUUAACCGUCAAAUCCAAAUCGGAUUGUGCGUGAAACGGGCCUUAUUGGUGGAAAAUUCAUACACCCCGCAAGUGACGAAAUCCCCGUGACACACACAAACGCAGGCAUAUCCGUGGUGCGAGUGUAAUAAACAGAAAGCAAAAAAUCGAACAGCACGAGCCCCAGAAGGAAACCUGUUUUUGCGCUGAAGCAAAAGAAAAGAAGGAGACAAAAAGGGCAGCUGAAGUGCAAAAGUACGUGAUUCGAUUUGUGGAACUUAAAAUAGUGAAAAAAGAUAGUGUUCUUUGUGCGUGAGUGUGUGUGGGAGUCAAUUUCUGUUAGUGCCCUCAACAAAAAAAAAAAAACAACCCCCAAAAUGCCAACCUUGCUGGAGGCGCUCGAGGAGAAGUACGGCAUGGAGCCGGACGAGAAGGAAGAACACGUGGAGGAGGAAGUGCUGGUGUCGAUCUUUGUUCCGAAGCUGCCCCCGAGACAAAGCACACCACAGCUACUUAUACUGAACGAUUGCAAUAUCGAUCGGGCCGGCGAGCCGGAAGAUUUGAAGAAAAAGUGUCGCAUCGUGAAGGAACUCGACCUGGCACAGAACAAGCUCAACAACUGGAAUGAGGUAUUUGUCAUCCUGUCACACAUGCCGCGGGUCGAGUUUGUGAACCUCAGCCUCAACCAUCUGACCGGGCCGAUCCAGAAGCCCCCCGUCACGAAGAUGGACCAUCUGCGCAAUCUGGUGCUGAACAACACCAAGCUGGAAUGGUGCAGCGUGGAGAAGCUGUUGCGCCUGCUGCCCGCCCUCGAGGAGCUGCAUCUUAGCCUGAACGAGUAUACGCAUGUGCUGAUCGACACGGUCAACCCCACCGAACGGUCCAACAGCGCCAACAGCGAGCGGGGCAGCACUGAAGGCAGCAGCGAGGGCACAGCAACAGAUGCAUCUAGCAAUAACAACACCCACGAUGGGUCUGCCACUAGUCAAACGAAAGAGCAGCAGCAGCAGAAGGAGGUGGAGGAGGAAACCCCUUACGCCAGCUGCUCCUGUUCUACGUCUUCCGCGGAGCCGCAGCAGCAGCAAACCGACGCGGAAGAACCGCCGCCAUUACAGACCGAUCCGCACGGUGGCGUCCGGAAGCUGCACCUGACCGGCAACUACAUCUCCGAGUGGGGCGAAAUAUGUCGCAUUGGGCGAGUCUUCCCACAGCUCGAGGCGCUGGUGCUAGCCGACUGCCCGCUGAGAUCGCUCAAACCCACCGACCCUCAAGGCAACGAAAGUGAGGAAGAAAGUCAUAAAUACUUUCAGAACCUGAAACUGCUAAACCUGAGCAAUGCUAAAAUCGACUCCUGGGAAGACAUCGACCGGUUGGCAGAGUUUCCGUCCCUGUGCAACGUUCGGCUGCAGUACUGGCCCCUGUGGGCCCGGACCGACUCGACGACCGAGCACGAGCGGCGCCAGCUGCUGAUAGCGCGCCUGCCCAACAUCAGUAUUCUGAACGGAGGCGACACGAUCGGUGCGGUCGAGCGGGAGGACGCGGAACGGUCCUUCAUCCGCCACUACCUGGACAAGCCGGACGCGGAGCGGCCCCGCCGGUACUAUGAGCUGAUCGGGGUGCACGGACAGCUCGAUCCGCUCGUCAACAUCGACCUCCGCCCGGAGCGGAAGGUAAAGGUGCGCUUCACCUUCGAGGAUAAGGCGAUCGAGCGUACGGUGGAUGUGAACCGCACGGUAAGCGAUUUGAAGUCCCGGCUGGAGCGGCUGUUCGAUGUGCCGGCCGCCCGGAUGCGGCUGUACUACGUCGAUCAGGACUUCCGCGAUCUGCAGGGGCUGGAGGAGAUGAAGUACCCGCACAAGGUGCUGUACAGCUACAACAUACGCUCCGGCGAUGAGAUCAUCAUCGAGCGGAAGGUGAAAAGUUGAUAGAUGUGCGUCCCCGUUAAAGAAAGAGCGAGGGAGAGAGAGAGCGUUACAUCUUCCUUCCUUCCUUCCAUCGGCUACUCUACACCAAGCAUUAUACUUAUCUUUCCCCCCCUGUCCCAAGUGAUUGGAAGUGAAAAUAAUCGUAAUUGUGAUAACACAAGCGCCGCCGUGUCGUCUCUGGAACAAUCCAGUACACAGUGUGAGAGAGUCCUUGCCACCGUGGCAGAUCAGACCCAAAAAGGUUGGCUUCUGGGUUCCCUUCUUUCCUUAUUUUCUGUAUUAUAGCUUCUGUUGUUGUGUUGUGGGUUGCAAAUUGUCCCAUGUUUUCAUUUUGUUUUUGCUUUACACGCGUAGCAUUACGCGUUUUUUUUUUUUUUAUUUGGUACGCGACUGUGUAGCCGUCGUUUACUAAUUGUUUAGUUUCCCCCGUUUUGUGCCCUUGUGCUAUAUAAACACACAGGUAACUACUACUAGCCCCCCCCUCUCUCUGAAAGUAGAGGCAGCUACACUUUACUAUAUCACUAAUAAUAAAAAAGCAGCAUUUUUGCAAUUAACUUAAACAAACUUCUCGGAAUUAUGUUGCUUGUAUCUUUUGUUCUCUUUUUUUUGUGUGUUUUAAAAUGUAAAUGGUAAGUUUUUGUUUGUUUUAAGCUUAGUUUCUAGCUCAAAGAUCAAAGUACAGGAUAACGAAAUUUAGCGACGAUUUGAAUGAAAACGUAGUGUGAUAUGUUGUUUAGACAGUUGUAGCCCCAAAACUGGAGCAAAAAUAAACUACAGCAUUGACUUGGAUGCAAUCUA